GCUAGCGCACUUCAGGGAGAUCACGGAGAUCUUUGAGACACGGACGCAGGCAGCGAGAGCAUCAGCAUCAAACACAGACCCGCUGUACGGGGCUCGGCAGCCUCCCUCCCUCCGUCCCUCCGGCUCUCCGUGCCCAGCCAUGAAACAGACGUUACUGGACCUCAUGAGGAUGAGUAGGAUCUGCCGGAUGGUGCUGGCCACUUGUUUAGGAUCUUUUAUUCUGGUCAUCUUCUAUUUCCAAAGUAUGUUCCAACCAGUUAUGAGGAGGAACCCGUUCGCGACGGAGGGUUGCUGUCGGAAAGGCUCUAGAAAUGCCCUACAGGAGCUGUACAACCCCACACAGGCCGAGUACUCAGCGGCAGCGGUGUUGCAUCAGUCCCGCCGGGAUCAGGUGGCGGACACGUGUCGCGCCCACAGUGCGUCCAGCCGCAAGCGCCGCGUCCUGACCCCCAGCGACCUCAAGCAUCUAGUGGUGGACGAGGAGCACGAGCUCAUCUACUGCUACGUGCCCAAGGUGGCCUGCACCAACUGGAAGCGGGUCAUGAUGGUGCUGAGCAGUCGGGGCAAGUACAGCGACCCAAUGGAGAUUCCUUCCAACGAGGCCCACAUCCCCUCCAACCUCAAGACCCUCAACCAGUAUAGCAUCCCUGAUAUCAACCACCGGCUCAAGAACUACCUCAAGUUCCUCUUCGUGCGCGAGCCCUUCGAGCGGUUGGUGUCGGCCUACCGCAACAAGUUCACGCUCCGCUACAACACCUCGUUCCACAAACGCUACGGGACAAAGAUUGUGCGCCGGUACCGCAAGAACGCCACGGCCGAGGCCCUGCAGAGCGGUGCCGACGUCAAGUUCCAGGAGUUCGCAGAGUACCUGGUGGACCCGAGUACUCAUAGAGAAGCUCCGCUCAACGAACACUGGCAGACAGUCUACUCGCUCUGCCACCCCUGCCACAUCCACUACGACCUGGUGGGCAAGUACGAGACUCUGGAGGAGGACGCCAACUACGUGCUCAAGCUGGCAGGGGUGGGCGACUCGUUGCGCUUCCCGUCGUACGCCAAAUCCACCCGUACCACCGACCAAAUGGCGGCCAUGUUUUUCAACAACAUCAGCUCCCAGCAGCAAAGCCAACUCUACCAACUCUACAAACUGGACUUUCUUAUGUUUAACUACUCCAUUCCCAGCUACCUAAAACUGCAGUAAACGAACUCGUCCAACGAGAUUGAUCAACGGAAGAAUGGCCAUGGCUGAAAGACACAGGCGGGGGGAAAUCAACCAAGCUCCUAAAUGUAAAAUUGUAUUUAACUCCGCUGGGAUGGUUGCAUUAUUUCCAAACAACCAAGGAGCCGUCGGUCUACUGCAAAUGCGUAAAGCGGACCACACUUGAAACUGAAGUCCUGAUGUAUUUGUACAUUAUCAGUGUAAAGGCUCCUGUUCCCAAACAUCAAAAGCAAUAUGACAUAUUCUGAGCUGUACCAGCUCAACUGGUUUAUCUAUUAAUAUACUCUGCCAGCCAUGGCCAUUGUCGAAGCUUCACAGAAAGGAGCGGCUAGACUAAUAAUAAGACUUGAGAUACAAUCAGACUUCAGUUCCCCACUUCUAAUUUCGUGUUCCCUUUGGAAGUUCACUCUUUUCCCCCAUACUCAGACGGCCUUUGUGUGUAUGUAUUUAUACGGUGCAUAUUUGAAGAUGCACGCUAAAAUAAGAAUGACAAAAAACGAGGCAUUGAAUGAUGCCUUUUUGAAGGGGCAUAUCCAUUUGUGAGUGACCGGGAGGGGCUCCGCCUACUGGGUCAGUCAGGGAGCGUCUGUAGCAGUCAGGAGGUCAGAGGUCACUGCGAGUUGGCCUCAAGCACACUGUUCCCACAACCCCUCCUCCCUUGGUAGGUCUUCGGUAAAUGUAAGGAUUUGGGGAGUUUUGUUUUAUUUUGUAUUUGUUUAUAAUUGAAAAAGUUGCUGCGAGCAGCACGCUAUAAUAUUAUUUGAAUUGCUGUGUGAAAUAGAGAUUUGGUUUCCAGGAAAGGAAAUCAGCUUAGCGCUAGAGGUUUAAUUGUUAUAAUUUGUUCAUAUUUCUUCUUGCCUCAUGUGCACAGUUGCUGGGAUACCUCGCUGGUUGUUUUGUGACGGCUGUAUGGAAACGGGCAGGACUUUGUUUUCUGGGCUGUUCUCAUGGGAAAGUUUCACACAGUUGUGUGCGUUUGAGAGAGAGAGAGAGAGAAUGCAGGCAAAUCUGUUCCAUCCAUUAGAUGAUUUAAACGUCUUUCUCAAUUUGAGAAGGUUAAAGGAACACCCUUUAAUUUAGCAAGCUGUCUUUUAUGACCAUGAUUUGCUUUGACGCUGCACAAAAAUGGUAAAAACGGCUUGUUUAUGUGCGCGAUGGCACAAGUGGGUGUGUCCAAGUGCUUUAUCUCAAUGUCUUUGUACCAAAUCUUGACUCUGACUGGCAAAGGUAACGGAUAAAAGGCUUCUUUCAGCUUUCUCUCUCCCCACAUCUCUCUACUUUUUAGGAAAAGUCCUGGGUUUUUUUGGCCUGAAAAAAACGGACAAACCCAAGCUACCGUUAUCAACUUCUCUUUUCCCCUCUUAAUUCACUUUAUUUCUGCUGGUGUUCCUUUCUCACGCUAAAUCUUAUCCUAAGCUUCCUCUUCAUGCAGAAAACAGUAAAACCGUUCAUGGAUUUGUCAAAGUCAUAAAAAAACUCAUUUCUUGUCAUCUAGUAAUUAUCGCAAGUGAUUGGCUGGUUAGGACAAAAACUCAGAUAGACAUGCAAGAGAUUCCAGUAGAUCAAUUUAGCGUAUUCACAAAAGACACAAAAACCCUUUGUGUAGUCGUUCUUCGAAUGCCUGUUCAAAUCUCAUCUAACCUCUUCGCCAGAGCAGGAAAUUAAUCCUCAAGUCUGAACUUCUUUUUUUUGAAUCAUCAGCUCAGAAAACAAAGUGUGCCAGAAUGGUUUCGCAGUUUUUCAAACCUGUUUAUUUCAUUUGUUCUGUAACAACAAACACGGUACAGCCUCAUUAGCGCCCACACGGCAGCCACACUAAUACAUGCAUUAGCGCCCACAUUAGCAGGCACAGUGCCUUUCAAACUGUCACUCUAUCACAUGUAGUACAGCACACUCUCAUUGCAUGCAACUUGCAUUUUUAGAAAUAAAAAAACAAACAUGAUUUGCUUGAUUUAUGAUUCAUGCAUCCAGCUGAGGACAUUCCCAGACUGAGGUUUAUCAUAUUUAGCUAAUUUAGCUAAUUUUUCACACUUAGGUACAGUGGCCCACCAUCCACACAUGGUUUACCUGUUUCUCUAUGUGCCUGUUUAAUUAAUGUUUGGUUUAAUGUUUCCACAUUUGUUUUGCAUUGAGCAUCCGCUCACUUUCUUCUCAAACAUUUUUUUAAACCAUUCACAGUCUAAUUUAUUUAUUUAUUCCUCCUCGGUAUUCAGGAUGGACUCUGGAGGGUCACAGGUUGGACCCUCGCACUGUAUAUGGGAAAAAUACAAACCAAGUGAACUGUCAGAUCAAUGCGCUCCCUGGAGAACGCACUCACACUGUCUCUCUAUCUCUUUUUCUCUCCUGUUUUCUCAAUAAAGCUGAAACUGAACCCCUUA